AUGGCACCUUUCGGCCGACCUUUCCUGCCGAUCCGCGAGUCGUCGGGUUUCGGUCGCGAGGAAUUUGUGGACGUUUUCGCUUUCUGGGAAAUGUUGACGCUCGUUGGACAGAUGCGUGAUCGGAGGUUCGACUCCUCGUACUCGCAUGUAGUCAGUGUGUCGGUCAAAAGGGCGAUACAGAAUGCGAUAUUUAUCAGGUCGAAUCCUAAUAACGAAUAUUCUCAGCUCGACCCACUAGUCUCAGCCCGACUGGACUCAGCCCGACCCCUGGAACUCAGCCCGACCUCCUGGUCUCAGUCCGACCCCCUGGACUCAGCCCGACCCACUAGUCUCAGCCCGACCCCCUGGACUCAGGCCGACCCCCUGGUCUCAGCCCGACCUCCUGGACUCAGCCCGACCCACUGGACUAAGCCCGACCUCCUGGACUCAGCUCGACCAAUGAGUCUCAGCCCGACCUCCUGGACUCAGCCAGACCCCCAGGACUCAGCCCGACCCCCUGGACUCAGCCCGACCCCCGAGACUCAGACCGACUUCCUGGACUCAGUCCGACCCCCUGGACUCAACCCGACCCACUACCCGACCCAUGAGUCUCAGCCCGACCUCCAGGAUUCAGCCCGACCUCCUGGACUCAGCUCGACCCCCUGGUCUCAGCCCGACUUCCUGGACUCAGCCCGACCAACUGUUCUCAGUCCGACCCACUGGACUCAGCCUGACCCACUAGUGAGCCCGACCCCAGGACUCAGUCCGACCGACUGGUCUCAGCCCGACCCCCUGGUCUCAGCCCGAUCCCCAGGACUCAGCCCGACCCCCAGGACUCGGCCCGACCCCCUGGACUCAGCCCGACCCACUAGUUUGAGCCCGACCCCAGGACUCAGCCCGACCCCCCUGGCCCCCUCUUCCCAGCCACACUGA